CAGCAGCAGCAGCAGCAGCAGCAGCAGCAGCAGCAGCAGCAGCAGAAGCGGCGCCCGAGGUGCUGGUGUUGGUGGUGGUAGUGGAGGAGGAGGAGGAGGAGGAGGGCUAGUCUGCUCUCCAUCCAUUCAGGACCUGCACAUUUCACCUCCACGCCCGCUCUCCUCGAGCCCCUCGACUCCCCUCCCUUUUUGGUUCCACAGCCCUACGCACUCCCUUCUCCAGCCCCGCCGCACCACCCCCACUCUCCCUCUCAGUCGUCCCUCCACCUCCCCCAGACACUCGGCUGCCAUGGCCCGGGAGAACGGGGAGAGCAGCUCCUCUUGGAAAAAACAAGCCGAGGACAUCAAGAAGAUUUUCGAGUUUAAGGAGACCCUGGGAACUGGUGCAUUUUCUGAAGUGGUUUUAGCCCAAGAGAAAGCAACUGAAAAACUCUUUGCAGUAAAAUGUAUCCCUAAGAAGGCACUAAAAGGCAAGGAAAGCAGCAUAGAGAAUGAAAUUGCUGUUCUGAGAAAAAUUAAACAUGAAAAUAUCGUUGCUCUGGAAGAUAUUUACGAAAGCCCAAAUCACUUAUACUUGGUUAUGCAGCUUGUAUCCGGCGGGGAGCUUUUUGAUCGAAUAGUGGAGAAAGGAUUUUAUACGGAAAAAGAUGCCAGUACUCUAAUCCGCCAGGUCUUGGAUGCAGUCUACUAUCUCCACAGGAUGGGAAUCGUUCAUAGGGACCUCAAGCCUGAAAACCUUUUGUACUACAGCCCAGAUGAGGACUCCAAAAUCAUGAUCAGUGACUUUGGGUUGUCCAAAAUGGAAGGUAAAGGAGAUGUCAUGUCCACAGCAUGUGGCACUCCAGGAUAUGUGGCUCCAGAAGUCCUGGCCCAGAAACCUUAUAGUAAAGCAGUUGAUUGUUGGUCCAUUGGAGUGAUUGCCUACAUAUUGCUCUGCGGUUACCCUCCUUUCUACGACGAAAACGACUCCAAACUUUUUGAGCAGAUUCUCAAGGCAGAAUAUGAAUUUGACUCCCCCUAUUGGGAUGACAUCUCAGAUUCUGCUAAAGAUUUCAUUCGGAAUUUGAUGGAGAAGGAUCCUAAUAAAAGAUAUACAUGUCAGCAGGCAGCUCGGCACCCCUGGAUUGCUGGUGACACAGCUCUUUGCAAAAACAUCCACGAGUCAGUCAGUGCCCAGAUUCGGAAGAACUUUGCAAAAAGCAAAUGGAGACAAGCAUUCAAUGCCACAGCUGUGGUGAGACAUAUGAGGAAAUUGCAUCUCGGCAGCAGCCUGGACAGUUCAAAUGCAAGUGUGUCAACCAAUCUCAGUCUGGCCAGCCAGCUCCCUGACGGGACAGCCCGAAAAGAUUGCCUGGCAUCCUCCACACUCUGUAGUUUUAUUUCCUCCUCUUCGGGUGUCUCUGCAGUAGGAGCUGAGCGGAGACCAAGGCCAACCACUGUGACCACAGUCCACACUGGCAGCAAGUGACUGUUCCCAGAGGUGGAGGCCGGGCUGGUGGGGGAGAGGGAAGAGCUAGGAAAGAAGGCCCCACCAGUGGCCAGCAGGACGUGAUCUCACCUGAGUGAUUUCACCUUGCAUGGUGCCCCUUCCUGCACAGGACUGGAAGACGAAGCUUUUUUUAUGGCCAUAUUUUAUACUGCAAUUCUGAAGUGUUCAUUUCUCACGAACUUUACAGACUCAAGGGGAGCCAAUUUAACUGGUUGGAUCUGGUGCUGUAUAUACGAGUCUAGAGAUGCUCUAACUGAAUGGACCUUCACAUUCCUCACCCCCCCCCAUUCCCCCGUCAUUUACUCUCUUUUCUCAGUGUAGGUAACAGUAUAUGUUGUAUUUUUUUCAUUAAUGACAAAAAAAAAAAAAGGUUUCAACUGGAUUAUUUAAAUAUUGGUAACUUCAGUGCAUAAGGUAUUUCUUUUCUUUUUAAGAAGAAUUUCCUUUUAAGUCAUACAUGAAGCUCUUUAGAAAGUAGAGAUUUCCAUCCAACCCCACCCAGAGAUUAUUUUUAUUCCCAGGGGGAUUGAAAAUGAUUUUCUAAAAAUCUACCAAAAUAGGAUAGAAGCUCUGUCUCCCAGCAUAAUUGUUCACUUGACUUCAAGUUCUCCUUUUUAUUAUCUCCCUUCUUAGGAAGGGCAGCUCACUGCACAAGGCAACCCAGCCAUUCAGCAUUUGGGGUUAUUCUCUCCUAAGGAGGUUCUUAGAAGUGUGCUGCCUGUCAUGACCCUUUUCCACAUCAGCCAUCACAGAACACUCAAUAAAUAAAUCAAGAAAACAGUAGCCAUGACAUGAUUUAAGUCAUACAGAACAUGAAGCCUAUUCCCCAGAGGCCUGAAACUUAAGAAACUCCCUUGCAAUGAGGAAAGGGGUGUUUUUCCAUACCAAACUUCAGGAAUGAAUUCAGGUUUUCUGGGGAAAAGAGCUCUCCUGGGGAUGACCUACAGAGCUGAUGUUUCCAUAGCAACUUUACAGGAUAAACUUGCUCUGGUUGACAUGCUCAUACAUCGAAAAGCUUUCCUUGCAUAAGAAAACUACCACAAUUUUAUUGUUAAAACUUACUGCCCACACGCAGCUAUCAUUUCUCAGAAGAGGGGUGACAUCUAAAAGCUCUGCCCUCUGUCUUAAAGCUAUGCAGAUUUAAAAUUCUCUCUUUCAACUUUUUGGAAAAUAUUUUUCAUUAUCAAAAAUCUCUCAUAACCCCAGCACAUAAAAGUUGCUACUCCAGCUCUCUAAAUUAUUCCCAUCUGGAUCAGUGGGAAGAAUCAAGGGAGAGUUCAUUUCACUGGCCACAUUCAGUACACAUUUAGUGGAAAACACAAGUGACAACACCCAUAUUGGCUUAGUGAGUUGCAGCUGGCCCUUUUAGGCCAGUCACAGAAUUUGUAGAAUCAGAAGAACCAAAGACCCAUCUAUAGGUAUACACCACUAGCAAGUGCAGAGUAAAAAGGGUGAAUUUGUUCUUCAAGUAGACUUCAUAGAUAGAUACUGUUUAGAGGAAGCCCAAGAUAGAUAGGUGGUUCAGAAUGCUGACUUUGCCAAGGAUGGCAUCCUGAGCACAGAAUAGCGUCAGCAUCUAGCCAGUCAGAGUAUCCAAUGAGAUGUACCAGAUGUAAACAAUACACCUACUUCCCUGGGAAUUAACUCUUCUGGCCUUUGUCCUUCUGCCCUCCUCAUGUACAAUAAGAUAAUCUUUCAGAAGUUAAUUGAAUUCAAAAAACCUCAAAUACAUUUGUACAAUUAGGUUUCCUAAAGUUAUUUUCCCCUCAUCUCCCUACUUUUAUCAAUCUCCAAACAAAUAUAUUUUAGCUACAUUCACCACAGUGUUAGCAUACACAUGCUUCUUGCCCCGGGUCUUUGAAGAUGGCACUACUGAUGGGGAAGUACACAAGUCAGCAUGAUUAAAAAGACAGAUUGGGGCAAAUCCUUUAGCAACAACAGUUUUUUGCUGCUGCUUUGAUACCCAUCAUUCUCUGAACUAUAUGGGGAAAAGAAAGCAAGAAGAUUGCUUAUAUUUGGAAAGUCAGAAAAUAUAUUAACUUGGUCUUUUUUUUUCCAAAAAAGAGUAUCACAUGGGUUGGAAAGACAGUAAUAAUUGUGUGCAGCAGCUGUGUUCAGACAGUUUCCAACUUCAGAAGGAAAAUGAUCUUUGUAUCAUACAUAGUAUUCAAGAAAAGUCCAGUGUUUCACUAUGAAAUUAAUAGUUUUCACCUGCAUGACUAAUGGGUAACAUCAAAGCUUAUGUCAUUCAUGAUUGCAAAAUGAUAAAUGAUACUUUGCAAGGGAUCCUCCCGGCACUACAGUGCAUGCUAAAAAAAAAAAUUACAGCCUUAUUUAAAAAGCAAAAAUUUGAAGCUAUAUUCUGGAAAUUAUUCAUGAUGACAAAGAUUUUUCUUUUCCUGGAAGAAAUUUAUGAGAUGCAUGUUAUACAAAGAGUGCAUGCAAUUAAUCUGAAAUAAUGACAUGGUUGGAAGAUGCAAAACAACUAGAAAGCUUUUUUAAAAUCUCAUUUGUGGAUAUAUUCUUCAAGUUGGAUCAUUUUUCUGACACAGUGCAGUGCUGAUGUGUGAUCCCUCUCUGUCUCAAAUCAGCACUAGUAUAUUCUGGAGUCCAGGCUAAUCAAUUUAAGUAUCUUUUCUAUGUAAAAUGUGACAAUGCAGAUUGGAUUUGAUAUCCCCAUACCUUGCUCCUAGAAUAGAAAAGAUAUUUCCAUUGAAAUUUUAUACUUUAAGAGAGUAUGUGGACUAUUAAGCUUCUCGGUUGGUAAAAGAAAAAUGAAUGGUUUUCCUUGAACAGUGAAUAAAAGAGAAUUUGUUAAGCACUUAUUAUGUAUUAGACACCAUGUUAAUGCUGGGGCUACAAAUACAAGGAUAAUAUCUGCUAUUACAAAAUGGGAAAAGCAAGAAUUUUACUAGGGAUAGUCAACCUAGACAAGAAUUGGAGUUGAAAGCAUGCUGUGGUAGGCUUUUAAAUGUGAAAAUGUUGUCUUAUAAGAGAGAAGUGAGACAUAUUUUGCAUGGCUUCAAGAGGUCCAAAACCAGGAGGAAUAGGUAGAAGUGAUAGAAUUAUAGAUUUAAGCUUGAUGUUAGGGAAAACUGCCUAGCAGAGUGAUCCCCAAAGAGUGACCUUGUCAAUAAGGAUUUAUUAUGUACUAGAAAUAGAAAGGUAAAAACAAGUCCUUGUCUUCAAGGAGUAGUUUCUAUUCUAGUGUGAAACAAUAUGUAAAUAACUAAAUGCAAGAUAUACAGAGUAGAUAGUAGGCAAUCUAAAGGAGAAAGAUGCUGCUUAAGAGUGGAAAUCGUCAAGCAGAGCUUCAGUGGUCAUUUGUCAAGGAUGGGUAAUUGUGAUUCUUCUUGAGGACUGGAUUCAACAAAGAGUCUCAUGAUUUUAUGACUCUGUGAUUCUAUUUUUAUUUUGGCUUCAAUAGGAAAGGAUAUUUUUGUGGUAUGAUUUUUAGGAUCUUAUUUGUAAAACAAUGGGUUUAUAAUUAAAGUUGAAGACAGUGCAGUUUGAUCAAAGCAAAGAGAUGAAGAAUAGAUGGUAUAUGAUCACUGGCUUCAAAGAAACCCAGUUAAUGUCUUAUUUUAUUGGACCUACGGUCCACAAUUUGGCACUUUUAACUUUGUAUAGCAAGUGUCUCUAUCCUUUCUCCUCCCUUUCUGUCUCUCCCUUCCCCCACCAAAACUAGAGGAAAUAUUUUUAAUUGAUGUCUAAAUAUCUUGCUUCUCUCGACUCUCCCACCCACCUACGUAUCUUUCCUUUCCCAGCAGAUUUGCUUCCCUAAAACACACUUCUGUCCAAACUCUGCCAUGUAGAACUAACACUGAGGAAGAGAGAAAGACAAGCUCCUUGGGUACCCUUUUGGUAUCUCUUCCCAAGGCAGCCCUUUUCUCACUAGUAAACUCUCUAGAGCUGCUCCCAGCUUCUUCACUGGAGUAUCUCCUUCUCUUCCUCCCAGAUUUCAAGUGGAUUGAAAUUGUGGCCAUCAGUUUUGUUAGAGGCAGAGAGAAAGAGAAAUACAAAGCACCAGUGCAAAGCAUGUAACUUUGAAAGGCCCUUGAGAACUGGUUUUAGUUCUCUGACUAGGUAGAGUGGCUUUGUAGCCCUUCUGGUACGUAAGUAAGAAGAUAGAAGACAGCCUUUUCAUUUCAUGCUGUGACCCUGGGCAAGUCACUUAAUUUCUGUCUGCCUCAGUUUCCCCAUCUGUAAAAUGGGGACAAUAAUAGCACCUACCUCCCAGGGUUGUUGUGAGGAUAAAAUGAGAUAAUAUUUGUAAAGUGCUUUGUAAACCAUAAGGCUCUAUAUACAUGCUAGCUAGUAUUAUCAUUAUUAAACGACACUGAAUUUCUCACUCUCGAAAUUUCCCCAUUGUAAACAUAAAAGCAGGAAUAAGAGCUUUCCUUAGACUUUUUCCCAUUAAAGUGGUCAGUGCAUAUGGAGGGGAAAUAAGAAACCUCAACAUUUCUAAGUGGUUCAGAUCACCUGGUAUUUUCCCACUUCCUGGACAUCUACAGUGCCUCUGUCAAUGCAGUCACUUCUAAAGACCUAGAGGAUUUCUGUUAGUGAUGUUAGUGUCAGAUCAGGAAAAGCCCUAGUCUCUCUACAAAUUCAGUUAGUAUGAAAUAAACUUAUCUAUUUAUGCAAGAGAAUUCUUAAGUACUCACCUCAGCAAUUGGCCAGGAAGGGGUUAUUGGAAGAAUCUAAAGCCUAGCCUCAAUUUUCUGAUCUAACCUAUAAUUUUUGGCCCUGCUCACUUUGUACUUUGGAAAGCCAUCCCUGAAUACCCUGUGUGAUACUAGGUAAAGCAUUAUCAGGAAAGAAUCUUUUCCCAGGAAAACUCUAUGAACCCAAGGGUGUAAGGACCCUGAAAGAGGGAUCAGGGAAGAUGUCCCAGAGAUCAUUUCCCCAAGAAGCUUGACAAGAUCAAACAUUUCAAAGGUUAAGUACCAAUCUUACUGAGGAUUUUACAAAGGAUUUGACUUUUGAUGAGGAACGCAUGAAUUAAAACAAUAAAAAAAGAGCAAAUGAAUUUGGUCCUACUAUACUUGUUAUAUAGAGCACUGUGGUUCGGCUAGUCUGGUUCUACAAAAUAUUCCAUUAAGUGAAUUUAUAAUGAAAUUCUUUUCUUAAUAUUUUAAUGCAAUAGAAUUAGGGUUAUUCCUCAUACCUCAACUUCUGAAAGGAGCUUUUAUCCCUGAACCUUUAACCUUCAUGUGAUUUAUUCUAUACUCCCAAAAGAAAAAGAGAUGCAGAGGUGUUUUGUUUGGGUCUGAUGCGGUAUCCCAAAAGUCUUUAUUCAUUUUAAGUUUUUGUAGCUUUAAACGGAACUAAGAUUUGGGGACACUUGGUACCAGUUAGAAGGUCAAGGACAAUUCAGCUCUUCUUUUCUAGCAUUUUCAUAUUUAGAAAGAAAAAAGGGCAUAGGAGAUCUUCUAAGUCAAAUAAAAUGCUGCUGAAGAACACAAUCAGCAUCCUCCCGUUUGAAAACUGGACGGAACUGGAGUGCAUGUCAUUUAAACUGCACAGCCUCUUCUUACUUUCCCUGCAGAGGUGGCCUUUCCUUUAAACACAUUCCAGACCAAGCACUAUUCAGCUUGUCUUUGGAGAAGGGCUUAAGAGCAUAUAGAUGUCAUCAGUCAUUAUUGGUGAAUGUCCGACCCUGAAUGGAGACUUAUAGAUGGUAUUAGCCCGAAAGAUCCCAAUCUUUUGAUUGUUGUGACUGAAAACACUGAACUGCAAGAGCUGAUGUUUGGGGGAACAAUUCUGGGAUUGUGGGAGAGGGGAAGAAAUAGAAAAGUUUUCUCCUUCCAGAAAGUAGCCAAAGGCUUUCUUCAUGGGCUGCAACCACUUCAGUAUGUCUGUCAAAGAGGAUGAGGAAAAGGGAGAAUGAGGAGCCCACAUGUAAACCAUACUUUCCUUGCGGUUCCAGCAUAUCCCAAUUCACAGCCCAGUCACCUGCAAACCUAGCAUCUCUCGGUAUGCACCAAUCUGUUUUGGCCACACUGUGAAGUCCGCCGUGCAUGCUGACAAAGGCUUGAUCUUUCUUAUGCUCUGUAUAAUAGGUAGCACCAAGGCUAAGCUAGAAAGUCAUUCGGUUCAUGUUCUAUUCCUUCCCUUCUCUCCGCAUCGAGAGCAGUUCUUUUGGCCACGUUUUAGGGGGGACUCUGUUUUCAGCAAACCCAAGGAGCCCUAUCUUGGGAAGCCAAACCCUCAGCAUGUGACGCUAAAUUUGGUCUUGUAGACUAAGCAAAUUGUGGAAUGGCUUCAGUUCCUGUAUCUUUCUACACCAAAGGGAUGAAUUCCUGUUAUAAUGACCCUUUGUAAUCCCUAUUGCCGCUUCUGUAUUUGCCAUAAAACAAGUUUUUAAUCUUUUUGUCUCCAGGGAACUUUGCGCAUUAUUGUAUCUUCCAAUUGCUUAUUGUAUUAUUUUACUUUUGGGUGAUUUUAUUUUCUUCUGGGACAGGAAAUAAAGAUUGUUUGGGGAGAAGGUUGGGACCCUGGUCACAGACAUGCUGUUGUCUACAAGUUCCAGAUGUAAACUGUGUACCAAUCGUAAGCAUAGUUGUUAUUUCCUCCCCACUCCCUAUCCCUGCCUGCCUGCCCCAUACCCCUGGCAGGGCAGCAGUGACCAAGGCAUGGUGCUAACCCAGAUAAUGAUGGCCAUCUUGGUUUGGGAAGGAGUCAGAGGAAAAGAAAACGCUGUUAAGAGUGCUGCUUAUAAGCCUUGGGUUGGAUGGCAGAAAUCAUCAGUGCUUUCACACAAAAAAUGCUUGAUUUUGUCUAGCAAGUGAUCAGAAAUAUCCAUUUUUUUUCUUCUGGAGACGCACACAGUGACAUUGUGACAGCGUCUUCACUGUGGGUCCCAAAAGCCAGGGUUUCAGAAAAGCAUUGUUUACUCCUUCAGUGUUCUAGUCAAGAGGCAUACAACGUAUAUUCUGUUCAGAGUCAAAUUUGCAAUAAUUUCCAAAUUGGCAUCUGUUGCUACAUGUAAUGUAACUGGCCCUCUCUCUCUUCCCCUAAAUGCAAGCAUGUUUUCUAAAAGCUUACAACUUUGAAUUCAGGAAUGUCCAUGUGCCUAUUAUUAUCAGGCUUGUGAUUGGUUCAAUUUUUGCUUGUUCAAAAGAAGGGAAAUUGUGUAUUUACUCCAUGCAUGUAAUAACACUGCAAAAAGUUUAACCUACAUAGGUUUGAGAAACUGCAAAAUUGUUCAUGGGGCUAUGUAGCAAAUGAUUCUCUGCCUUGACAAUCAUGUAUACAUAUCAAAAUUUCUAUCAUAAUGAUAAAGGGAUUGAUGACUACUUGUUUUCCUCCAAUAAAGAUAAUCAAAUCACCAACAGAUGAUGUGGUUUGUAACAAAGAACGGAAUAAAAAUGUUUCGGCCUUGUGGCCAGCUUUCUGA